UUAAAAUCUUGCAGUCCCGGCUCACGUGUGAUUUAUUUGAUGGGAUCUUUGACUUCUUUGAUGCGAUCUUUCGCGCGUGGCUCUCACUCACUUCACUUUCACUCGGACUCCACAAUUCUCACGUUUCAGUCACAAUUCUCCCAAUAAAAGACGCCGAGAACUCCCGACGGACUUCACCUCAUCAGACUCGAAAACACGAAAAUUUUGAUUCGAUAGGACGUCAGAAUGAGUGUCCACGAUAGAUACCAAUCCCCACUAACAUCCCGCUAUGCGUCUGCGGAGAUGGCAUACAACUUCUCUGACGACAAGAAGUUUGGAACAUGGCGGCGGCUUUGGAUUACUCUCGCAAAGGCUGAAGCACAGCUUGGUCUCAAGGAUGUGACGAAGGAAGCCAUCGCCGAGAUGGAGAAGGCCGCCCAGCAGCCUAUCGAUUACACUAUGGCCGCCGCUGAGGAGAAGCGUAGGCGACACGAUGUCAUGGCCCACGUUCACACGUUCGGUGUCGCAGCGCCCACCGCUGCAGGCAUCAUUCAUCUGGGUGCCACGUCGUGCUAUGUCACUGACAACUCGGAGCUGAUCAUGAUGCGCGAUGGUUUGGAUAUUCUCCUCGGCAAGUUGGCCGCCGUAGUCCAGGAGCUGGCAAGCUUCGCUAAAGAGCAUCGUGCUCUGCCCACCUUGGGUUUCACUCACUUCCAGCCGGCGCAAUUGACGACGGUCGGUAAACGUGCUUGCCUGUGGCUGCAGGAUCUGCUUCAUGACCUGCGUAACAUUCAAAGGGCUCGGGAUGACUUGAGGUUCCGCGGUGUGAAGGGCACUACGGGAACACAGGCUUCGUUCUUGGCCCUCUUCGACGGAGACCACGACAAGGUGGAACAGCUGGAUGAUCUCGUCACAGAGAUGAGCGGUUUCCCUGCUGCUUACCCUGUCACCGGUCAGACCUACACCCGUAAGGUCGAUCUCGACGUCUUGAACGCCCUCUCCUCAUUCGGUGCGUCGGCGCACAAGAUCGCAACCGACUUCCGUCUUUUGGCACACCUGAAAGAGCUCGAGGAGCCAUUCGAGAAGGACCAGAUUGGAUCCUCGGCAAUGGCUUACAAGCGUAACCCCAUGCGCUCCGAACGAGUUUGCUCCCUCGCCCGCCAUCUCAUGACGCUUGUCGGUAACACCCACGCCACCGCCGCGACGCAAUGGCUGGAGCGAACCCUCGACGACUCUGCCAACCGCCGCAUCUCCAUCCCCGAGGCCUUCCUGACCGCCGACAUCAUCAUCUCCGUCCUUCACAACAUCGUCACGGGCAUCGUCGUCUACCCUUCCGUCAUUGGACGCCGCAUCGCACAAGAGCUGCCCUUCAUGGCCACCGAGAACAUCAUCAUGGCCAUGGUCAAGGGUGGAGGUGACAGGCAGGAAUGCCACGAACAGAUCCGCGUGUUGUCCCACGAGGCAGCGCGCGAAGUCAAGGAGCACGGGCGUGAGAACGAUCUCAUCGAACGUAUCAAGAAGACCCCGUACUUUGCGCCCAUCGUGUCUCGUCUGGAUGAGUUGAUGGACCCCUCCACCUUUGUCGGCCGUGCGCCGCAGCAGGUCGACAAAUUCCUCAAGGUUGACGUUGAGACGGCGCUUGAGAGGUAUAAGGAUCGCCUUGCCAAAGGUGUCAAGCAGUCGGAAGUCAAUGUUUAGGUCUUGCUCUUGAGUGUUUAGGUCUUGCUCUUGCCCUUAGGCGUCUGUUACCCUGAACCAUAGCCGUAGAGUCCGUAGAGAGCCUUUCAAAGUAUCGCCUUUCGAAUAUUCAUGAUCAUGACACAUAAG